CACUUGGCACCAUUCUGGUCUACUUUGGACUACGUUAACCCUCACGAUGCAAGACGAGGAAUACCUUAGGGAGCCACGAGUGUCUACGAAGGCAAAAGGUCGGGCACCUAGAAGGGAAAAUGCUCGUGAUCCUUCUUGGCAUGAGCACGCCGCUGCACGCCAAGUUAGAAGGAGCACAAGGAGGAAGGCAACAACCUUAGAUGAUACAGAUGCCCCGAAGGGUGCUCCUAUCCACACAAAGAGAAAAGCAACAACCUUAGAUGAUACAGGUGCCCCGAAGGAUGCUCCCAUCCACAAAAAGAGAAAAGCAACAACCUCAGAUGAUAUAGGUGCCCCCGAAGGAAGCUCCCGUCCACAGAAAGAGAAAAGCAACAACCUCAGAUGAUACAGGUUUGUAUUGAAUAAUUUGAGUUGUUUUGUUAUAUUCAUUGAUAUUCAAUAAGUAUGUUUAAUAUGCCAAUAAGCUAGCUAAAAAAACUACAUCCACAGGUGGCCCGAAAAGGGAACCCAUGCACAAGAUUGAUGGAGUGAAUGUUUUUCCUUACUUUCGCUUCAUUCCAUAAAGUGUCAGAGAUCGAUGUCUUCGUUGGUGGGACCCUGCUCCGGAUGGCGAUUGCGGAUUUCGGGCUCUCUCGCAUGCACUUCAUGGAGAUGAGGACCACCACUUGUGGGUGUGAAAGGCUAUUAUAGUGAAGUCAUGUCGAUCCAACAAUGUAAGGACGCAUAUGAUGGUGUGGGUCUUGAUCUUACACAAUUACAAUGGAACAAGACAGAGGGUACUACAAUGGAUCAUUGGAUGAAUGAGUUGGAUCUUUCCGUAGCUGCAACAUUAUUUAACUGGGUCAUAAUCCUCUACAGUCAAAUCGACGAUACCAAAGAUGGGGUGACGAGUGUUCCAUUUGGACAAACAUUUUUACCUAUGAUAGCCAAGUCGGGGGUAGCUCGCCCUAAAUCCGGCAACCAUUGGGUGCGCCUUGACUUUGAGGAGGAUUCAAUACCAAUGCCUCCAUUCACCUUCUUGUAGACCCAUUUCCGAGACAAAAAUGAGUACUCAAGGGUAGUGAUGGCAAUGGGUCGGGUUGGGGCGGGUUUUGUCAAACCCAAACCAAUACCCAUGGGUUUAUCCGCCAAAAAAAACCCGGGGUGAAACCCGCUGGGUUUGAAAAACUCAAACACAACCCAACCCGCUGGGUACCCGUGGGUUUUUGUGGUAAAAAAUUUACAAUUACAAG